AUGGACUCUAUCUGGAAUACCUUCCACUAUCUAGUAUGGAACCCGAUAUACAAGAUAGAAAAGCCAUUCCAGAUCUACUCUGAUGUCCCGGCAGAAGCAGAGGAUCAACGACAGACAAAUCUAAAAUUCGAGCUCGCGCCUACUGCCGAGAUAAUCCAGGACGUACGUGGUCGGGAGUCACUCUUCACACUCGACAGCAAUGGAUUCCAAUAUAUCAAGCACCAUUCCAACGUCUCAGAAUAUGAAUUCCGCGACGGAACUGGGGUGGAGGAUCGAUACUUGCCUGAAUGUGAGCUGGUCCUGAAACAGCAGCUGGAUGGCGUGGAUGAGAUUUUGCUUUUUGACUGGAGGAUUCGCCGAUCAGAGACUUCCUUUCAACAUGGGCAGAUUGUCGAUUUCAACGACAAGCACACCGUUUUUGGCCCUGUGAAAACACCCCACGUUGAUGCAUCGCCCGGAUAUGUCAUUGAGGUGGUUGAGCGCAACUUCCCAGACCGUGCAGAUUUCCUACUAAGUGGGCGAGUCAGAUGGAUAAACCUCUGGCGUCCACUUGGCCAACCGGUUGAAUGCUGUCCUUUUGCUGUCUCCGAUGGAACCACGGUCAGGGAGACAGGUCUGGUGGAAGCUAAUCGUGUUCGACGAGCAUUGGUCAACUCGACGCUGUUUGCUAUGUACCAGGAAGAUGUUAAAUGGUACUAUAUGAGCCAGCAGACUCCUUCGGACCUCUUGAUAUUUAAGAAUUUUGACAGCCAGGAGGGUGUUGCCAAAUGUGAGUGUCUCCGAUCUUGA